GAGGAAUCGAAUAUCCCCGUGGAUCGAAUCUCGUGCUCCAACCAGUCGUCGUCGUAUGCUCCAAAAAUCCCUCUUUUAUAAGCCAUGGCAGCUGCAUCGCGACUCUCUAGGUAAGAGAGCAGGAGAAUGGCGACCAUGAUGCAACAAGGGACGUCCUUGGCGGCGGCUUCGUCUCUGUUCCAGCACAAGGAAAUUCGACCAGCGCCUUGUGGUCCGAGCAGGGUUGAGCUGAGCAGGAGAGUUUCCAGAGCAGCUCGUGGAACCAUUUGUUGCGCAUCAACGACGACCGUGGAAGUCGAAACCGGAAGAACGGCUUCCAUAAGUGCACCUGUGCUCCCCUUCCGAGUUGGACACGGCUUUGACUUGCAUCGGCUGGAACCCGGACUGCCCCUCACGAUUGGUGGAAUAGACAUUCCUCACGAUCGCGGAUGCGAAGCUCACUCCGAUGGUGAUGUGUUGCUACACUGCGUUGUGGACGCCAUCCUAGGUGCACUUUCGUUGCCGGAUAUCGGACAGCUCUUCCCGGACACAGAUCCCAGAUGGCGUGGAGCAGCUUCCUCUGUUUUCGUGAAAGAAGCGGUGAAGCGCAUGCAUGAAGCCGGAUACGAGCUGGGAAACCUCGACGCCACCUUGAUCCUGCAAAGGCCAAAGUUAAGCCCACACAAAGAAGAAAUCCGAGCCAACCUUUGCAGUCUUCUCGGAGUGCACCCGUCUGUAAUCAAUAUCAAGGCCAAAACGCACGAAAAGGUUGACAGCCUCGGUGAGAAUCGGAGCAUUGCUGCACACACGGUUGUCCUUUUGAUGCGAAGAUAGACAGCGUGAAACACGUUUUCUGCUGCUACAUCUGUCCCUCCCAAAACAAACCUUUACUUCUUUGCUGCUUGUUGUUGCUCCCUUCUUUUGGCUAUAAGUUUCAUCACUUGACUGGCUGA